AACUCUUGCUUGGAAGGUGCCGGCGCUUGCUAACCACCGACGUCCCAUCAGUCCCCUUCGCCUGCAUCUGCAGCCCUUUUGCCCUUUACCUGUUCCAUCUUCAUUCAUUUCCACUAUACUCCGUAUGCAUCUUCACUGACUACUUAUCUUCUCGUCGUUCGUUCGUCUUCACCGUCUUUUGUCCUUCGUUGCUUAUCCUCUGACCGACCAUCUUUGCUGAUCUCUAGCCUUAUCGUAUACCACAAUCUCGCCUCUACCUAUUCAACGACCCGCUUAUUCCGACCGGUCACCGACCUCUUGUCAUCACCCUCACGCAUGUUAUCGCAGUACAGCCUCAUGUCUCAUGGCGGGACCUAGAGGGAAGAGCAGAGUUUUCUUUUUGGAGUGACGGGUGUCUGUCUUUCUCGGCGCUGUGCGCGAGACCUUAUAGCCAUGUCUGCUGAAGUCGAAGGGCAACUUCUGCCCGCGGGACCUGUUCACUCUCUCAGCUCUCUACAUUCCUCUAUUCCUCUAUCUUCUUCUGGUUCCUCAAACGAACCUCGUCCGGAAGAUCUCCCUCGCUCUGCAAGCUAUACGUUGCUUUCCGCUCUGGAAAAGGAGCCUGCAAUAGCCACGAUCAAACGGACAUUCUCGGAGAGUGUGCUCGCACUUCCACCCCAAGUAAAGACCAAAAUGAACGACAGUGUCCAACCUCCAAACCGGACCCCGUUUCGUCGUGCCUCGAAGAAGGCGAGGAAGAAGAUAUCGAGUGGUAUCUUUUCCUUUUCGCAGGACGAUGACGAAAUUCAUACAAAAGAAGGCAAUGAAACGGAGACUGGCAAGACGGAGCAAACAAAGAGUUUAAGUCGAUCAGUCACUGGAACAAUACGCACGCUUGCUCGGAAGUCCUGGGCUGGCUCGAGGCCUUCUUCUCCCGCGCCGAAGGACGGUUCUUCAGUGAGAAAGCGAAGUUGGUCACCUAGCAAGAUCAAAGACGUUGUUACACCGAACCCGACUGCGGAGCGAAGAUCAAAAGCCUCUAGAUCUCCUUCACGAUCGCCUCAACAAGAAACGGAAGAACCCCCUGCGGCUCAGGUUCAAAGACCGCUCAGUGUUUUGCAGGCCAAAAAUAAAAGCGAGAUCAGUCUCAAACGCUUAUCGAGGAAUUCGUCAUCCACUUCACUUGCUUCAGACGAAAGAUCCAGAUCGAGGGUUUCACUGGGGAGAAUACCGCCAUUACCCAGGAAUCCGUCCUCCGAUCAUUUGUCGGCUCUUCAGCUCGACGUGGUCAAAAAGAAGGACCCAUUAGGAACUGCGUUCAGAGCAAUCGACAGCGAAUUCAUUACCUUCCAUGCAAAGCCUAGCGUACAGAAGUCCAAGGUCCUCCGGACAAUUUUGGUCCCUUUCCUGCAGAAACAUGCUCGACAUCCUUCAAAUGCUACCUUACGAGCGGAGGACCUCGACAGACGGACGGUCGUGUUGAACAAAUGGUGGACUGGUCUGCUCGAAAUGCUUCAUGGAGCAAACAACCACUUGAUCUCGCUUGCAGACAGACCCGUGUUUCUUGAAGCGGUCGGCCUGAUCAUGUCUAGGGCAGAAUGGAAGGCGCCCGGCUUCGCCACGAUGCCCGGAGAAAGCUCCCAGAUCAACUCAAUCCCCAAAUCCAAGUCGACUAAUUCUCUUGAAUCAGACGAGUCGGAUUUUUUGAUCGAUACCAUCAAGCAGAAUGUGCGCAACAUGUUCAUACAGAAUUUGCUCUCUCAGCUGAAACUCGUGGUGGAGAAAUUGUCCUGGCGUGCUGCCCCCUCAAGCCUGGUGACCUUUGCCGGCAAGACUUGUUCGUAUGCUUUCUUCUACUGCCCAGGGGUGGCAGACAUGCUUGUUCGACAAUGGAAUCUCCCUGGUGGCAUCUUGGGGCGAGUUUUCACUGAAUUCGACAUCCGCUUCGGCGACAAAAUGGUGCUGAUAUCCAAUGCAAUCAUUGGAAACUUUCCCCCACCGGUGCGGACCCUCUCUGUGGUCUCCCAAGGUGCCCUUGCCCGCCACGUCCAGCCGCAACGCCAGCGCCCACUCGGCCUAGAACAACUGGACUGGUGGCAUCCGACAUGGGUGACUAGGUGGUGCGGACGGGACACUGAUCUCUUCUUCGCCUUCACCAAGUUCUACCACCUGCUCGUCUCUGAACUUCUGUCUGAAGAGAUGUCUUUGAAAGAGCGUGCUGGGGUACCAGGCCUCGUUCCAGUCUGUGCUCAAAUGUUGGUAGUGCUGGAGGCCACUGUUUACCGACAAGCCAACCAGAAGAGAUACGACGACAGCGACGCAGAAGGCCCUCGCUUUGACAGGGAUCAUCCAGACGCCCUAGCACCACUGCCGACGAUUGCCAACGCUGACCGUUCGAUUGCCGAAAACCGCUUGAUCAUCUUGUUGAGAGACGUGCUGGGAGACGUGGACCCCGAGCUCACGACAUUCCGAAAUCUGUUUAUCGGCUCAUUCGAGGCUGUGGUGAAGGCCACUACCCGGAAGAUAUCCAUGUACAACACUGAUCCCUGUUUCGUCAUAUGUGAUCUUAUGGAGGAGGUUCUUCCAAUUACGUUUCGAUACCGCCAGACCUACAACGAUACCCCGGUGUUUGACUGGCCUUUUUGGCUCAAGGUCUUGAAGCAGAUGAUGCAGAGUCAGACCAUGCUGACAAAAGUUCGACUAAUUGCUUUCUUGUACAACAAAUGGAGCAUCCUAAUUUCUAAUGAAGAGCGGAAGCGAGAGCUCGUCUUGGAGUGGCUGUUGGAUCAACGAGUCUUCGAAGACAAUUUCUGUAAUUGGUCACCCAUGGUCCGCCAUUACUUCUACCGCUUGCUGUGUUGGCGGAUCGCCAGAGUCGACGGGUCCGUCACCGACUUGGAUAUUGAGGUUCUGCAAACCUUUGCCGCCAGGCUCAACAAGUGCUGGGCACAUUACCAGUAUCUCUUCGCGGAAGCAGAAAUGCGAGGUCUUGCCCUCCCCUCCUCCGAGCCUUGCACUCCAGCACCCGCCCGUCUCCUUCUGAUCAUUCGUCUUGACAACCAACCACUUUUGGCACCUUCUAGAACGACGUUCGACAGACACGCGGGCCCUGGGUUAAUCAAUCAAAGUUCACCCUAUCAGAAUCAUUCUUCGGCACUCAACACCAUUCCUUCGGCUGAUGUCACGCCUCAGGUCAACAAGAAGCGUUGGAGUCUGCUUAAGGGACUUAACAUGUUCAACUCGUCGCCAGGAAAUCAUCGACCAGGGGAAGUAACACCUCCAGGAAGUCCAGAUGAGAACGGCUCGAGAACGAGUUACAUCCCUGGACCGAACAAUGCUAUUGCUGUUCCCAAAGUAAUGUCGCGGCCCAUCACGCCUCCGCACCAAGCUUGUUCGUUCCGAUUCGAGCUACAGCCGCAUCGCGCACUGCCUCAGCUGGAAGUUCGGAACUGGACGCUUACUGCUCCACGCUUGCCACAGACGGCGCAGAAUAUCUUGAGAGUGCGAGAGAGCCGCGAGAGCAAUGCAAGUGGCGGCAGUAGUGGUAGCGACGCAAGGUUAAGGGCCAAAGCAAAAGAAAUCAAGCCGCUGAAACCGAACCAAGAUGAGAUGAGCAACGCACGGUACAGUGGACGAGCACUGGCCGAGUGGGUGCAAGUGGUGAGUGAAUGUCGCAAUUUCUAUAUUCGACGAAGACAAGAUGGCGUACCACGAGACAGUCUUGUUGAAAUACCGACAUUGGGAGUGGAGAAUUUCCGGAGUCCAGGUUAGGAUCUGUUUUGGGGCACACGAAGAUUUCCGGACGGAACUUGGUAUAGUUCUGGUCAUCGAGUGUUUUGAGCGCUGUCAUACAUGGGAAGUGUCGACUGAGUAAGUUGGAUAAACGACAUGAAGACUUGAGGGUUUCUCAAUGGCGCUUUGGAAGUGGCUUUGCUGGAUUGUACAAUGCUUGGAUGGCUGAGGAUUGGGCUUUGAUAUACUCUUGAUACCACGUGACCGGCAGGUUUCACGUUUUCGAACAAAUGAAUGCAACGAUUGACUCUGUCCGGCUGCUGCGGAGUGCUCUGUCAAAACCCUAG